AUGUGGAGGUACACGAACUUGUUCGCCUGUCUGCUUGUUUUAUGUAAGGAUGCCUCUUCACAGAGCAAGAUCUUUGGGGAGACUGAGCCUGUUCGGAUGACAUCAGAAGGUUCAGACUGCCGCUGUAAGUGCAUCAUGCGCCCUUUAAGCAAAGACGCUUGCUUGCGGCUGCGGAGCGGCAGUGUACGUGUGGAGGAUUAUUACACUGUGGAGACAGUCAGCUCCGGAUCUGACUGUAAAUGCUCGUGUACUGCCCCACCAUCCUCCCUCAACCCCUGUGAGAAUGAGUGGAAGCUGGAGAAGCUGAAGAAACAGGCCCCUGAGUUAUUAAAGCUCCAAUCUAUGGUGGACCUCCUUGAGGGAACACUUUACAGCAUGGAUCUAAUGAAAGUCCACUCCUACAUCAACAAGGUGGUAUCCCAGAUGAACACACUGGAGGAGACAAUCAAGACAAAUCUUACGCGAGAUAAUGAAUUUGUCCGGGACAGCAUGAUGAGCCUCACCAACCAGUUCAAGAGAUAUGAGAACUACUCCAACAUUAUGAUGAGCAUCAAGAAGGAGAUCUCCAGCCUCAGCCUGCAACUGCUACAGAAAGACUCCUCUGAGAGCAAAGCACAGGACACUAAUGGUGAGAAAACCAAGGAAGCUAUAAAAAUACCCAACAAAAAGACCCCUGUAGCCAAACCCCCACCCAAACCGCCCAAAGAAAAGGUCGUAAAGCCCAAGAAAGAGGUCAUUAAACCUGGGAAGUCGGUCAAGCCUGACCCUACAGCCAAAGCCAAGGUGGUUGGACACCAGCCUGGUGUGGUGAGGGGCAUCACAUACUACAAGGCUGCCAAGACCGACGAGGAUGAGCACAGAGGAGACCAUUCUGCCAAAACGUACACGGUCCAUCACAUCACAGAAAACCAGUCAGAGGACGGAGGAGCUGAAAUGGUCCUGGAAACUGUGGAGGGCACCGUGGCUGAACCCAUUGCCACCACUGCAGUUCCCACCACUACAACUACUACCACAACCACAACUACUAGCACCACAACAACCACCACUGCUACACCCAGUGCUAUCACCACACAAAGUACACCAGCACCUGAAAGACCAGCUCCGACCAUCGUGCUGGUUCUAGACAACUCCAACAACAACAGUCGGCCCAGUCUCCACAGAGCAGGGAAGAUCCUCAACUGUGAAGGCACUCUAGCAUCCAUUGAGCAGCCAGAGAAGCAGCACAGUUAUGGGCGCAACGAGGGAGCCUGGAUGAAGGAUCCCCUGGCUAAAGACUCCAAGAUCUAUGUCACAAACUAUUACUACGGCAACAACUUGGUGGAGUUCCGCAAUCUGGACAACUUCAAGCAAGGCCGAUGGAGCAACCUUUUCAAAUUGCCUUACAACUGGAUAGGCACAGGGCAUGUGGUUUAUAACGGAGCUUUCUACUACAACAGAGCCUUUACAAAGAACAUCAUCAAGUAUGAUCUGAGGAUGCGAUAUGUGGCGGCCUGGACACUGCUGCAUGAUGUGGUUUACGAGGACACCACCCCCUGGAAAUGGAGAGGCCACUCGGACAUUGACUUCGCAGUGGACGAAAGCGGCUUGUGGGUGAUCUACCCUUCCAUGGACUAUGACUACAACCAGCAAGAGGUGAUCAUCAUCAGUAAACUGGAUCCCGGAGACCUGUCAUUGAAAAAGGAAACAACCUGGAGGACAGGUCUCAAACGGAACUCAUACGGAAACUGCUUCAUCAUCUGUGGUGUCUUGUACGCUGUCAAUGUGUACAACCAAAAGGAAGGUGAGGUGACCUAUGCUUAUGACACCCACACCAACACUGAAGCCAUCCCACGCCUGCCCUUCACCAAUGAGUACUCCUUCACCACCCAGAUUGACUACAACCCCAAGGAGAAGGUUUUGUAUGCCUGGGAUAAUGGUCAUCAGCUCACAUAUCAGGUAAACUUUGUUGACCAAUGAACACAGCUAGUUUGUGCUACAGAUAAGAUCACAGUAUGGCACCUAAAUAAAAUGAAGAUACUCAGUAUUUUGACAGCCUUGAAGCAAAUCCAAUAUGACAUUGGACUCAACAGGACAAAGGAUGAACCCACACCAUCCUUCAAGUACCAUUGCAUGCUAUUGAAACACCUGAUCGCAGUGUACCAAACAUACACACCUCAAAUGUUUUUUGAGAUGUGACUGUACAAUAUAUCAGUAGAUUGGACAGCAAACAGUGGAAAUAAUCUCACAGGUUGAGUUAAAGCUCAUUGGGCAGAGUUUAGGAAUGCAGAGAGAUUUCUUUAUAUGGUCAUUUAUGAAAUGUCAGCAGGCUGGCUAACUAGCAGACAGAUAUAUUGGCUCAUGUCAGUCAAGUAGAUACUAAAACAUAAGCCUUGAUAUCUCUUUAAAGGGUCAUUCAGAUAUGUUGUAUUUUAUUCUAAUACAUAUUUAGCUACAAGUAAGAUGAAAGAGGUCUUGGUUGCUGUAAUCAUUCCUCCUGACGAUACUGACUUGGAGUGAUUCCCUCCUUGCGCAAUUACACUGACACGAUGCCAGACAAAUUCAUACCAUUAAAAAAACAUUUUUACACUCAAAACUGUGGAUUCUGUGUCCAGUUUAGUAUCCAGUUUCUUACAAUGGAGUCACUUCACAAACAUUAUAGACAGGAGGAUGAUUACAGCCACCAAUAACUCUUUAAACGUACAGUUGAGCAUCUAAGAAUCAGAAUCUAUGCUGAUGAAACAAUAUUUUUUGAAAGCGCUACCAAUACACUUAUUACAUUAUAUAAGUGAAAUAAUCAAGAGUCAUUGAGACUACAUCGCCCUGUGAAAAGAGAAAAGAAGAGAGUUCAGUUAGAGACACUAAUGUCAAGAAAUUGACCAUAUGUGGUAAAUGGAUUCGAUUCUGCAGAAAAGGCUCUGGGCUUUGUGGGAGCUCUUCAAGAAUCCAAGCAGCAACAAGGACUCUUCUGGGAGAAUUAAUCCCUCCAAAAUUCACACAUACUGUACAUGAACAUUAAAUCUUAGUUAACUCAAUGAUAUGCAACCGUGACACCAAAAUUUGAGAGCAAACCAUCUUGUCAGUGCUGACUUAUCUAACUUAUUAGCAGUAUUUCAACAUGCACCUUUUUCUAAUCCUCCUCUGCUGGAGUAAAAACUGCUCAACAAAACAGGCAUGGUUUGACAGUUAUGAGACAAUGGUAGAAGUACAUUUCUUGAACAAACUUAGCGAACUUAUUGUCCUGUUAGUGGCCAGCAGCUAUUUUAAUAAUUGUGACUGUCUAUAUAGCAAGUUAAACAGCAAAUAUUGCAUUUUGCCAGAUACACAGUCCUGUUAGUAGUUACUAUGUCACCAAUCUGCUAGCAUUGCCAAUUUCAUUAAGACGCACAGAUGAACUUCGUGGUGCCGCUUUAAGGUCUGGUUGGUCCUUAAUAGUGAUUAUAAUGGCCGUGGCGUACAUCUGCAUGCCAAGGAGCCGGAGUGAUGGUGAAGCAUUAAUGAAACAGUGCAUGCCGAUCAGCCAAUACAAGCGCAACUUAAGUGCCCUACAUGAACACUGUCGUCUAUUUGUUCAGUCAAGAGUUUCCUUGAAGCUAGCACCUAGUUUGAGGAAAUGCAGUGACCUAACUAGAUAACCUAUAAGCUACCUCCUCUUUUAUCUUUUGCCUUUUAAGUAGGCUUCAGAUAUUUUUACAGCUAGUGUUAUUUGCUCCACCACCCAACAUUUAACUCAACUAAUGAGAUUAUUUCUGUAUCCAGAGUAGUUCUCCUUCUGAAAAAUGUUUGUAAAAUUAAACUUUCAACCCUUGUUUCAUUUGCCCAUCUACUCCAUCCUAUCACCAAGCACUUUGAUCACGUAUCUGUUGAUUAUUAUUCCGGCCUCAUGAUACUUCCUGUCUCUAUACCACUAAUCUUGUUUUGAGGGUUAUGUUGAAUAUAAUAUAACUCCAAAAACAAGACAAUGUAAAAAAGUUUCUAAGUGUAAUAGUUUUUAUAUUUACAUGAAGUCAUUUGACAAUAUCAUACAACUUUUUUUUCUAAUUUCCAUGCAUCAUGUUACAUUUCUAUGUUGUAUAAAAUAUGCAGCCUUUGUAUUGUUAAUAACAUUUGCAUAACCACCAAAUCUUGUCAUUAUUGUUGAGCAUUUGAACAUUUUCACCUCUAUGGAAAUUGACCGCCCCAAUCAGUCAUAACAAAAGGUUCACUGUGCCAUUGAUUGAUUUAACUUCUUUGUUGAUCAUUAAUAUAAAAGUGGCCUCUAGCCAGAGAUACACAAAUCAUCAAAAGGAUAAAGACACAAUAAAGCCCAAAGGCUUUUUUCCAUUGUGGUCCUUAUAAUAAGCUGUGCCAUCUUCAAUAAUGGGACCACGAUUUGUUUUAACUUUAAGACACAUGAGGUAACUCCUACAGCACUUUUUUGUGUUGCUUUGGUCUUGUACACCAUUAAUGAUUCACAACUACAUUGUUUUACCUGUUUGUGAAUUAUGCAGAGCGUUUUUUUUAAAGUUUAUUCAUAAAAGGCAUGCUGAUUGCAAUAAAGUCAUGUGUUCAAUUGUAAAGUCUUUAUACAUAAAUAAUAUCAUACAACAAUUGAAA